AUGCAAUUAGCAUUAGCAGCAAAAUACAUUGGAGCAGCAAUAGCUACUUUAGGAUUAGGAGGAGCAGCUAUAGGAAUAGCUUUAGUUUUCGUAGCUUUAAUUAACGGUACUUCACGUAACCCUUCAUUACGUGCUACAUUAUUCCCUCAAGCUAUAUUAGGGUUUGCCUUGAGCGAAGCCUGUGGAUUAUUCUGUCUUAUGAUAUCAUUCUUAUUAUUAUAUGCAGUUUAA